AGGAACUCAAGAGGAAGCUGCAUGCACCAGCAGUCAUUAAUCAUGUCAGACAGAGGUGCAUUCGAUACCAAUGUGGUGACCCUCACCAGGUUUGUCUUGGAAGAGGGCAGAAAAGCCAAAGGAACUGGGGAGCUUACAACUCUUCUCAACUCCAUGUGCACAGCAAUCAAAGCUAUUUCCUCUGCUGUCAGAAAAGCUGGUAUUGCCAACCUCUAUGGGAUUGCCGGGAGCACAAAUGUAACUGGUGACCAAGUGAAAAAAUUGGAUGUCCUAUCCAAUGAUCUGGUUAUAAACAUGAUCAAGUCCUCCUUCACUUCCUGUGUUUUGGUGUCUGAGGAAGAUGAAAAAGCCAUCAUUGUAGAACCAGAGAAAAGGGGCAAAUAUGUGGUUUGCUUUGACCCUCUGGAUGGUUCUUCAAACAUUGACUGCUUAGCCUCUAUUGGAACCAUUUUUGCAAUCUACAGAAAGGACACUGAUGAUGAGCCCUCAGAGAAGGAUGCCUUGCGGAGUGGCAGAAACAUUGUGGCAGCAGGGUAUGCCCUCUAUGGCAGUGCCACCAUACUGGUUCUCUCGACAGGCCAAGGAGUCAACUGCUUCAUGCUUGAUCCUGCCAUCGGUGAGUUUAUACUUGUGGACCGGGAUGUGAGGAUCAAGAAGAAAGGAAAGAUCUACAGUCUCAAUGAAGGCUAUGCACAGCAUUUUUACCCAGAUGUCACAGAAUACCUGCAAAAGAAGAAAUUCCCAGAGAAUGGCAGUUCACCAUAUGGAAGGUGCUAUGUAGGGUCCAUGGUUGCUGAUGUGCACAGGACGCUGGUAUAUGGUGGAAUUUUCCUGUACCCUGCUAAUGUCAAGAGCCCCAAGGGCAAGCUAAGGCUCUUGUAUGAGUGCAACCCCAUGGCCUUCAUCAUGGAGCAGGCUGAAGGUAUGGCAACAACAGGAGCCGUGAAUGUUCUGGACAUCAAACCUGACACAAUCCACCAGAGAGUUCCUGUCGUGCUGGGCUCUCCUGAUGAUGUACAGGAGUAUAUUGCCAUCUUCAAGAAACACAACUAAUGAGAUGCAACCAGAUGACCAUCUUUUGCCAUCUACUGUAGACAUCAUCACUCCAGUGAAUUUUGAAACCCAGGGAUAUGAAAUGUCAUGAAGCAUUGUCUGUAUAUACAUAGGGUACAUUAAUUUUUCAUUUUCAGUUUAAUUUUCAUAAAUAUUUGUGCUGGGUUGAUUUUUGUACUCUUAAUAUGUCCCCCCAGUUUAAGUAAUUUCAGUGGCAUAUAUGUUUAGGGUGACCAGAUUCCUGCUUGUGGAAAACGGAACAGCCCCCUCCCAGCAAAAAUGAAAUUGACGUAUUCUUACCUAGGUGCAGAUCAAUGCGAAGUAGAGGGUGCAUCCACAAAUGUAACUGUUGUCACCUUGUACUUUUCGCUGGCAGCAAUUUUUCUCAGUGUGCGCUUGUCUUUCAAGUCCAGUCCAAAAGUAAGACUUAUGAAAAGUAUUGCCUUCAUGACCGUUACACUGAGUCGAGAUUUAUCCGGUGUCCACGCUGCAUUCAUUAAUGAGUACACACACUCCACUGUUGCAGAUGUCCCAGGCAGGCAUAAAACAAACUCCAAAAUUGAUGGUCUUGCUCUCCAGCUCACGAAAAACAUCUGUCCAUCUCUCAGACAUGGCCGUCUUGUUCAUUGAUGCGAUGAGUGACAAUGUUUUUCACGCAAGCCCACUCUUCAAAGAGCGUGGUUUCGUCAAUCAAACUGAGAUCGGGGAUUCUGGAGUAGAAGUGUUUGUGGCUGCUCUUAAUGUCUUUCCACUCUGGGAUGUCUCUCAUUAGGGCCCACUCAAGAUUUUCUGUGUUCUCCUAUGAGUGGCUCCAGUUUUGGAGGUAAUGCUGAAUAAAAGUUUCUCACUGCACAAAAGAAAUCAUCCGCUUGCAUGUCAUCAGCUUAAACCAGGGCAUCCAACUGCUUUUUAAUGUCAGAGGGUAUGAAUGAUUCCACCAGCCAGGCCUGCAAGACUUUUCCUUGGUAAUGAAUGUGCAAAGCCACUUCUAUGGCUGAUAUGUGGUCUUGCUCUACCAUCUCCAGUGCAUGGUUAAAAGUGGCUGUUUGCUUGAGUGUGAAGCCAAUCCAAAGUUUAGUGCAAGGAUCGCUGAAAAUGUCUCUUAGAAACUUUUGCCAUUUUUCUUGAGAAAUAAAGUAUGCACGCAGACCAUUAAAAAUGUGUAGUAUUUUGUGUCUUUCAAGAGCUGAACCAAGAGUGAGGUAACAUGUGCUGCCAUGCUGCAGUAAUGUCUGAUAGUUCAGCUGCGCAAAAGCAAGUAUGUUGCAUUUGACAGCUUCAGAUUUGGUGCGGGCAGAAUAAAAUUUCUGAUCAUACAAUUUCUUGAUCAAUUUCGCAGUGCAGUCAGCCGACCGAUAACUAUGGCCGUGCACAACAGAAUGAUAAGCAAAAAGUCCUUCACUUGUGUGCACCUUGUCAGAUUCUGAACUUAUCCUCACAAAAAAAAAAUUGCUAACACUUGGUGUGGCACACUUACUUUUAGCAGCAUCCACAUGCUUUUUUGUAUGAACAUGCUGCGUGAUGUCUGUGCAACCUCCAUGGGUGAUGAUAAAGCGAGCUCCACAAAUCUCACACCUCACAGACUCUGUCUGUGACUCCUUUUUUUUAGAAAUGCAAACUCUUUUUGAAGAUCCUCAUUAAAUGUACAUGCAAACUUCCUUGACAUUUUACCAGCCACAAUUUCAUCUUCAAACUGACUCUUCAAUCAGUUCACUAACUGGACGUCUGUUGAUAGGGGAUUGUGAUUGGAUAGUUUAAUCCAAUCAUGUACGUCAAAUAACACAGUGUGAUUUUAUUGGGUCUCUUUGGCUACCUUUGAUUAGAAUACUCACGUGACUGAGAAAGCCACAUUAGCGAUAGAGACAUUUUAGGAGAGGGGAAAUAUGGGACAAAACCCGAUUUUUUUUAUUUUUUAUUAAGACUAGAAAAAGUGCUUAAAUACAGGACUGUCCCGGGAAAACCGGGUCCA